AAUGGCGAAACCUAGUUUGGCCUAUCUUUCAGCCGCUUUUGUUUUUCUGUCUGUUUUCAGUUCAUUGUCGGCACGAUCCCCAAAUCCCUCACUUUAUGACACUUUUCUUCACUGCCUCACGCAACAUACAAACCCCUCAACCCAACUCUCCAACAUAGUUUUCGCCAAUACCGACUCCAAAUUCCCCACUGUGCUUGAAAACUACAUCCGAAACGCCCGUUUCAACACCUCCUCAACGCCGAAGCCAUUACUCAUCGUCACUCCCCUGGUAGAAUCGCACGUCAAGGCUGCUGUAAUAUGUGCCAAAAGUGUCAACAUUCAACUCAAAAUCAGAAGUGGAGGCCAUGAUUAUGAGGGCAUCUCGUACAUCUCCCAGAAACCCUUUAUCCUCCUCGACAUGUCCAACCUUCGUAAGAUCACCGUUGACGUUAAAAAUGAGCUUGCCGUGGUCCAAGCCGGUGCCAUUCUUGGCGAGCUUUAUUUUAGGAUCUGGGAAAAGAGUAAGCUUCAUGGCUUCCCUGCAGCGGUGUGUCCCACUGUUGGCGUUGGUGGCCAUAUCAGCGGAGGAGGGUACGGUAACAUGUUGAGAAAAUAUGGCUUAUCUGUUGAUAAUGUUAUUGACGCUCAAAUUGUUGAUGUGAAAGGAAAUCUUCUAAACAGAAAAACAAUGGGGGAAGAUCUUUUCUGGGCUAUUAGAGGAGGUGGAGGGGCCAGUUUUGGUGUCAUAGUGUCGUUUACGAUUAAACUUGUUCCUGUGCCUGAAACAGUUACCUUUUUCCGCAUUGACAAGACUUUGGAACAGAAUGCCACUGACCUUGUGUUGCAGUGGCAGCAGGUGGCGCCAACCACUGAUGACAGGCUUUUCAUGAGAUUAAUAUUGGCGCCCAGUGGGAAAACCGCUAGAGCCUCGGUUGUGGCUUUGUUCCUCGGAGGGGCUAAUGAGGUUGUGUCGAUUUUGGAGAAGGAGUUUCCGCUUCUAGGGUUAAAGAAGGAUAAUUGCACUGAGGUGAGUUGGAUUGAUUCUGUUAUCUGGUGGAAUGAUGAUGAGGCUUUUAAAAAGGGUGCCAAACCUGAAACCCUAUUGGAUCGACAUCUCAACUCGGCCCCUUUUCUUAAAAGAAAAUCUGAUUAUGUUCAGAAUGCUAUUCCUAGAGAAGGGUUGGAGCUUAUAUGGAAGAAGAUGAUUGAGUUGGGGAAAACGGGGCUUGUUUUCAACCCUUAUGGAGGGAAAAUGGCUCAGAUUCCUUCUGAUGCGACUCCUUUUCCUCACCGUAAAGGGAACCUGUUCAAGGUUCAGUAUUCUGUGACCUGGUCAGAUUCAUCACCUGCUGCGGCUCAGAAUUUCUUAAAUCAGACUAGGAUUUUGUACAGUGAGAUGACCCCAUAUGUGUCGAAGAGUCCCAGAAGUGCUUUUUUGAAUUACAGGGAUAUUGAUAUUGGUACUAACAGCUUUGGUAAGAAUAGCUUUCAAGAAGGGAAGGUUUAUGGGGCCAAAUACUUCAAUGACAAUUUUCAGAGGCUGGUCAAGGUUAAGACUGCGGUUGAUCCGGAAAACUUUUUCAGGAAUGAGCAGAGCAUUCCUGUAAGUCCCAUCAAAGCAUAG